GGAGGGGUUAAGAUCAUCUGCUUGGAAAAUUAUGGCAUCGAGCCGGCUGUAGUUGACCCGGCGAUAUAUGGUUAUGGAGGCGAGAAAUGGCGCCAAAAGUUCAACACCAUGUUGAGAGCUUCCAAAGACUUGAACCUUCUCAUUGACUUUGCCUUGGGGCCAACGCAGGGCGCCUCGAUCCCAAUCCUGAAUCCUGACUCUCCUGGAAUGAAUACCGAGUUAGCAUAUGGUAGUGCAGCCUUGGCCUCAGGACAAGUUUAUAACGGCGAUAUUCCCCCACCUGGUCGAACAGAUGCUGGCUAUGCGAACAAGCCGGAUUUUGUUGCUCCCUCUAUUAACUUCACAAACAAAUUCGUCGCUGCUGUUGUUGCGCGGAAAAGCAAAGUGCCCUCGCAAGAUCCUCGAGUAGUUCAGCUCGACUUCGACAGUGUUAUAGACGUCACAAGCACAAUCAUAAACGGCAAAUUGCACUAUAACACGCCAGCUGACGGAAACAACUACGUUCUAUUCGCCUUCUACCAGCGCCGGACUGGCUACCUUGCUGCUCAGGGCGCCUUCAACAACGCAACUGAUGCUCGGAACCCGGCAUCUUGGUUUGCCUAUGUCAUUGAUCACUUCAGCCAAGAAGGGACGGAUCUCUGGACGAGCUUUACUGAAGAAUACGUGAUGAAUGGCGGGAACGGCGAUCUCUUGAGACAGCUCGGGCUGUAUGCGUGGGAGGACUCAGCAGAAUUCCGUGCAACGCUGUUCUGGACUGAUGAGCUGCGCUCGUUCUUUCGCAAAACACGGGGUUAUGAUAUUACCCCGGCUUUGCCGGCACUCUUUGGGACGAAUGGACUUCCACCCAGCACACUCGCAAAUGGUUACUUUUACUACGCUUUCAACAGCCAUGCCAACGGAACGGACAUCAGCUGGAAGUUACGGAAUGACUAUUACCAGUGUCUUCAGGAAAUGUAUGAGCGGUAUCACCUAGACGGUCUCUCCAAGUGGACAAGCAAAUGGGGCCUCCAAGGAAGCCUGCAGCCUUAUGCCACAGCGCCAAACGCAGCGCCGCCAUGGGAUAUGAACUCGGCAGCUGCACACAUUGACGCGCCUGAGACGGAGUCGAACUAUUUUGAUGGUGUAAUCGAUGCCUUCCGCGCCAUGGGUGGCGGUGCCAUGAUGGGCAAAAAGCAAAUCUUUUCCAGCGAGCUCGGGGCGCACCGUUAUGAGUCGUACGCAAUCACCUGGCCCGUUAUCCUCAAUGACUGCAAGAUCAAUUACGCGGGCGGCGUCAACCGCAUCGUCACUCAUGGCUUCCCUUACUCUGGGCUUCGGCCAGAGGUCGAAUGGCCUGACCUUACCACCUUCGAAUGGUUGUAUUCGGAGAUGUGGGGUCCCAGACAGCCCAGUUGGUCGCACGUCAAGGAGAUGGGCGACUGGAUUGCGAGGACACAGCUGAUCCUCCAGUCUGGCAAUCCAAGAGUAGAUAUUGGCAUAUACCGUCACAAGUAUCUCUCGGUCGACAUCAAGCACUACAAUAUGGGAGAAAACGUAUUUGGGGAUCAGUCACUGCAGAAUGCCGGGUAUUCUUACGAUCACGCAGUCAUCACAAAUGGAUUGCUGGCAGAGAGCGGUCCAGGGUUUUCCGCUUUCAUUGUCGACAAUUCAACCAACAUUACUUCCGCAGCUCUUGAUAAAUUUCAAGAGUAUGCCAGCCACGGGUUUCCCAUACUGUUCGUCGGCGGUGUGCCUGAGACAACUCCAUACUACUGCGACUCAUGCGACCAGCGUGUGAAACAAGGCAUUCAGGAGCUGCUCAAACAUCCCUCAGUCAGGACCUUACAGUCGGAGAACGAAGUCGUUGACGCUUUGGCGGCAUUAAACGUGGAGCCGGCGGCGAAAAACCUUGCUCCGGCCCCCAUCCUGUAUGUGCACAGGAUUGACAAGGACAACCAUGUGGACUACUACUGGGUAUACAACUCGGACAUCUACGAGGAUCACGCCACGGAAGCUUCCAUCAGAGGACAGGGAGUUCCGUAUACCUUGGAUGCUUGGACAGGUGCCAUCACCCCGGUGGUUAAUUAUACAACAUCUGGAGACAGGUUCAAUAUCUGGAUCGAGCUUCGGUCAAACCAGUCUACCAUAUUAGCAUUUGCUCCCCAUGGCUUCUUCACAGAUGUUCGUGUGCCAGAUGUGCACGUCGUCAAAUCAGAUGUCGAGUAUCUGAGCUACGCUGGAAGCAGUCACUCCAUUAUCGCUCGUUCUUAUUCGAAAGGAGACAAGCAGAUCAUCCUGAGCAAUGGCCUAGAAUUCACCCUGAGAGGCCUCGGCGAGCAAUCAACUGUGUCGGAACUCGGUCCAUGGAAUGUCACGAUUCAAGAUUGGCUUCCGAACCCGGACAAAUUUCACAAUUACACCUCCACAUACCAGUACCACACUUUGAAGCUUGCGAAUCUUGUUCCGUGGUACAACAUCACUGGCCUCGAAAACACGUCUGGAAUUGGUACGUACACAUCUCGUUUCGCUUGGGCGCCCCAAGGCGCCAUCAAUGGUGCUCUGCUGGACCUGGGUCCCGUGUUCAACACUGUCCGUCUUUGGAUCAACAAUGAAUGGACUGGCCCAAUUGAUGUCACAGAUGCAAUUGUCGACAUCACACCUUACUUGAAACGCGGUGUAAAUGAUGUCAAAAUUGAGGUCACGUCAACUUUGAGAAACCGGUUGCUUCAAGUCAAUGUCACCCAAUCAUGGGAACAAUCACGGUAUGCGGAUAGUUAUGGCGGUCAGCCUUAUGGACUUGCAGCACCAAUCAGGCUUAUUCCAUUCACAGAGAAGACAAUUAGGCUCUGA